GUUGAGGCCUUGCUGUCGUGCCAAGUUCCCACAGGCCAUGAUUGCAAUCUGGCUGUUGAACUCCAGUUGGCCUGUGGACCAAGCUCAGUUUCAGCAGUAGAAUGCCAUAACCGGGGCUGCUGUUACUCCUCUGAUACUGCUUCCUGCUACUACCCCAUGGACGAGUGCACAGCCGACCACCAUUUUGUCUUCUCCAUCCCUGCGUCCCUCACUGACCCUCCCCUCUCACCUGCCCUCCUGGUUGCUGCUGGCAACAGCUCCUGCACACCACAGAGGGUGGUGGCAGACUCUGCCCUGUUUAAGGUCCCGUUGGAUGGCUGUGGUGCUCACAGAUAUGAAGUGGGUAAGACUGUAAUCUACAUGCUAGAGAUUCUGAAUACAUUGCAGUCCCUCAGCCUCAACCAUGGAACUAUCACCAGAGAUUCACCAUUUAGGUUGCUGGUUGAAUGUCGGUAUCUGCCUGGCACUCUGACGAGUGUGAGUUAUCUGGUAAUAAGUCCAUCUCUUGGACCGUCCAUUCAGGCCCAAGGGGUAUUUGGAGUCCAACUCAGGAUAGCUAAAGAUCAGCAUUACAGUAGCUACUACCCACAAUACCACCGGCCCCUGCAGAAGCUUCUAGGAAAACCCCUUUAUCUAGAAGUGCGUCUGCUGAACCCUCCAGAUCCCAGUGUGGUGCUUUUGGUGCAUUAUUGUGUGGCUUACCCUCGCUCAGCACAGUCUGCAUGGGUCCUCAUCUAUGACGGGUGUCCAAACCCCCUCGAUGUGACUCCAACCCAUGAGCCCCCUGCCCCUCCUCCAGAGGCAGUGGCCAAUCACGUGAGACGUUUCACUGUCAGCACUUUCCAGUUUCUGGAAAGCAGUAAGGGCCUCUCGGAGCCUGGUGAGGAGGACAAGGAAGAGAUUUAUUUCAUGUGUGCCACCGAGGUGUGUUUGCCUUCUGAAGGUCCAUGUAUAGAAGGUUGCUUUGAUGGUGAGUACAUGACAUUUCCUUAUUACCAUUAG